GCAAAACCUCCAUGUAUGACGGACGAGUAGAAUGGACUUCUGGUGUGUUCCUGAAUCUUCGAACGCCAGACUUCCGAGUCGAAAGUCGAAGAUCUCUUGGCUUUCUUGCGGCAUUUCGCGAAGUCACGCCCCCUUUUUGUCUUCAUCUUUCGAAAAUCUGAGAGUAGACCGAGAGCAUUGAUGACGCUGAACAAAAUGGCUGCGCCCGUGAAUAUCUAUUUUUUUGUUGUAUUUGUACCAUAUGUAGGUCAUUUUAAUGUCGAUAAACGCUCUUAUAACCUUGAUUACAUUGCUCAUUUAUUCCGGACAACAAUUUAGGCCUAUACAUUGCAUGGUCAUGCUGUGCGUUCAAUACAAUGUAAAGUUGCGUUGUUUUCGGGCUGGUUUGCUAAAGAGGCUAAUGUAGCUAACAAUAAACGACUAGCCAAUUUCAUGCCACAAUCACAAAGACGAACAGGAAUGCUAUGAAUGCUCCGAGACCUGAUGUGACAUCCAACGUGCAACUCGGAAGGCUGGCGUCCGAGGAUUCAGGAACGCAUCCUCUCCCCGACACGUGCAGACUUUUCUGAUUGGUUGUUGGGAUGUCGUCAGGUUUCUUCAUAUAAAAUGAGGAACGUUUUGGUUACCGGUGGGUGGUCCCAAAUGCGAAAAGAUGCAUUUUAUUUUCACGGAUCAACGACCGCCUUGGAAAAUCAUGUCCUGUUCUUGGCAGAGCGCUUUAAUAGUGAUCACAUUGUACUCUUGAAUGCAGAUAUUAAUGUGAUAGCCAGUUGCAACCCAAAUGUUUUUCUUAUUCGUGGUUUCCAUUACUACAAAACUGGUUUCUGCAGCCCUAAGGUAGCCCUUGUUGCUCUGUAUUGACCUCUACUUCCUAUCAGGUGUAAACAGUGUCCAUGCUGGUGACAGGACCACAGCGGGCAGUGCGCACAACCCGGCCGCAGCCUGUUUCCAAACAGAACACUGCCAGUUUAAAUUCUUAACUUGUUUUUUUUAUAGAGUUCAUGAGUAUGAAAGAUUUUAUAGAGAGUAGCCUACAUGAGUGCAACACAAGUUCCGACCGUGAUCCGAUAUCCUCCCCGGUCUCCUCGCGCACUUCCUUGAUAACAUCCCAGCUUGUUGUUGAUUCGUUGUGACUUGGUUGUCGUCACGUUGAAAGCGACAUCGAACUGCUUAAGUUAUAUUUAAGCAUUAAGUUGUUCCUAGUAAAGGACGUUACUUGUCGGCGGUGUAGCCAAAUUAGCUGAAUUGCUUGUACGUUUUGAAACUAACUAGGGAUUUCAAAGUGGAGUACUUUACGCACAGGCGUGGUGACUUACGCAUAGCUGGUGCAGCGCCCGCCGUCACACCCACUUACCCACGGUUCUAUGCUGGAUAAUGCUGGAUAAAGAGUUUAGUUUCCCGUCAGGGACCAUGGACAUAAAAACUCCUAAUGCUCGCUCUCCCAAACCUCGUUGAGGAUCCACAAUCGCUCCUUCGUCUAGUGUUGGUUUUCUCAUAGAAAUCAGCAUGUUGAAGAGUCAGCCUCCCACCAAAAAUGCCAAGGAGAAGAGCAACAGCGCCACCCUACUGGCCACACAUGGUGACUGGGACAAAGAAGGAUGUGGGAGGAUCUUAGAAGGCUGCAGCUCAGAGAAAGAUUCGGGCUACUCUGACAACGGGUCUGACCAGCAGCACACGGAUGCAGGGUUGCUACGACGCAUCGUCACAGGCCAGUCCAAGGGUUACAGUGAAGUGCUGAGGCAGUGUCCUGUCCAGCUCCCCAGCCAGGGCCCGCCUCAUCAGGCCCCACACCGCACAGAGACCGAUGCUCUGAUGCUACCAGGGAGCGAUCAUGUCAGCCCAGUCUAUAUCAUACAGAACCUGAUGCCCCACCAGGAGAGGUCCACAGUCCACAAGGCGGAUGUGAAACCUAUGAUGUGGACAAACCCCAAAGAUGGGUCUGGCGGCGCCAGCCCCGGCCAGGUGCUGCUAGUACAGCAGACCAGCCUGGCUCCAUCCCGGCCGCCUCUCACCAAGCACCGAAACAAGUCCCAAACCCGCAUGGUUCUGGGCACCGGGAGGCGAAAACCCACCUUCCUCCGCAUCGCCCCACAUCCCAGCAAGACAUCCCCGGAGAACAACUCACCGAGCCCGGGCCUGAGACAUCCCAGCAAGCGGGUGUUGUGUCCCGAGCUCAAGAGAGACCAGCCUGCAUCUGCAGCCAGCAGCUCCCGCCCGCCGCGUACCCCUUCCUCCUCAUCUGCCUUGCGAGCGACCAAAGGGACCAUCCCCGCCGGCGCGGCCUGCUACCGCCGCUUCCUCCACACCAUGAAGGCCCUGAAGCAGUCGGGUCUGCUGGACAUCACCCUGCGCACCCAGGAGCUCAUGCGUCGGAGCACGGCCUCUGAGCGCGACAUCGCCCAGCUGAGCCAGCACACCCGCCUGCUGAGCCAGCUGGCCGGCCAACCGGGCGCCGCUAGCCAGGUGUCGGACGGACACGCGCCGUGGGAGAGGCUUCACCAGGCCAUGGCCCAGUCAGGUGGCUACCCCAGCCUCAAGGUCCCGCACCGUGAGCCCCACUCACUGAGUCGCGACGGCGAUCUCCCCGUCUCCCCCUCAUCCUCCCCCUCGCCCCCGCCCGGCCCGAGCCAGAACACCACUGGUUCUGAACCCUCAGGGAAAGUCAGCUUCAUGCCUCCUGACAGUUCUACGGGUUAAGAAGUCUUCAGCGUCAGGGUGGAGCAUUGGUCUAAAACCCUUUGGUAAAGGUUAUGUUCCCGGGGCUAAAUGGGCUUGGUUAUUUUUGUACAUGUUUAUUUCGGUCCAAUUUGACUGUAAGACUGUAAAACAGUAGCUUUAAAAGCAAGUAGCUUUAAAGGCCAUCGUCAAUGGCUGUUGUUCUGUCUCAUGGCUUAGAGCUCCUUUCUCUUUUUGAAAGAGAAAUGAUUUGUAUUGGCCAAAGCAGAGAUGUGGCCUUGGUGCCAACUUUUAUUAAAUCAAUGCCUUAAAGAAAAGCUGAAGAUAGGCUGGUUAGCCGAUAAAAGAAUAAUGAUCUGAAUAAUCCAAGGGAUUUCCUAAGGGUUGUCUGCACCCCAAAUUCACAUGAGAUGCAGAGACUAUUGUGCCUUUAAAAUCACCAUAGCAAUCAUAAAAUAAGUCAUCCGUGUGGUUGACAGAGGUGUUCUUUUUAUAGAGGGGAGAUGACGAUACUACACUUGUUGCCUUCCGAGGCAUGACUCAGAAGGCAACUUGAUAAGGUGGUCAUGGAAAAGGAAAUGUGUGCAACAGAAAACUCUGGUAAAUUGUAUGUUGCAUCGAUGUUUGCCAAGACUGAGCCUUCAAAAUUCUAACUUAUUUAUUUGUCGCCCAUAAAAUGUUAUGAUUUGGGCACAUGCAAAUUAAAUGUAUGUAUUCGUGAAGUCCAGAUGUUUGCGUUAAUCACAAUGCAAAGCAGGUUUUGCAUAUUUAUACACACAUUUCGGUGUAUUGGUAAUUGUGGCCAAACCAAUUUUUUUUUUGGUUAAAUAAUUGACUAUGCUAAACGAUUACUUUUCAUAACAUUUUGUGGUCACAAAGAUGACUUUUUUAACUGACCUUUUUUUACUUACUCUAAAUGACCUACACUUUUGCACCUUAUGCCUUCAAAUGCUGAUAAUACAGGAACUCAAUCAAUAUGACCUGAAUGAAAGCCUUAAUAAACUGGAGUGAAGUGACAUAUGACCGUCCUUCAAUACUAAAUAAAUAUUAUAUUCAAUUUAUUAAUGAAACAUAAUUGCUCAUCUACAAUUAAUUAAUUUAUGUAUAGAUCAAAUGCACCAUUGAUAGUCCCAUUUCUCCAGACAACUGACUUUGAAUCAUAUCUUGAGUGAAAUAGAGAGGAAGGUAUGGGAGAUAGGGUUAGGGGGUUAGGAGGACAUGCAGCAAAUGACCACGGGCAGGUUUCGAACCCGGGUCGCUGCGUUUAGGACUGUGCCAAUAUGGUACGUGCCGUGUGCCUGUAUGGUAUACUCCCCUGAUGAAGCAUACUCUUAAAGCCUUUGGCGUUGUGGUUCCGGGGCUAGGUAGGACGUGGUAAAGGUUAAAUACGUGGUUUAUGCAGAGACACAAUGGACAUGCACUCGGAAGGUGGUUCAUGCAGCUCAUCCUGGACUGAAGGCGAUCUUCGGGCAAUAGUGGCCUGGGCGGGAUGGUAAAGAACCCACCCAUACUUAAACUGGUUUACCCCGCUAAAUCGUCAGUCUGUAAUGGCAUCGGCAGGAUGGCAAAGCAGUCAGGCCUAUCGAGUCAGAUUUAUCUCAGAACCAUAUGUGGACUACAGAGUAAAACCUUGUUUAAUGAGCCACAGACAGAUGCUAGCUCACUGCUAUCACUAGAACUUGAAAGUCCUCCUAAGGUUCCAGGAUGCCAAGAACAAUCUACACUUCAUGACAUCCGCAAUUAUCAAGUGUACUAUGAAGCUUUGGUGUCCUCCAUUACAGCUUGUGUUUUGCAGAUAGAUGUUGGCAUUGGCAAUAUAGGAUGAUGUGUUGGUUAUAGACUCUUUUCACUGAGGGGUUGAAUACUCUUUUCAAAGAGAGGUCACAGCAGGACGAACAUAGGUGUCCUUGCCUAACACUACUUAUCUGUCUGCUACAUGUAUGUACCAGGCCACGGGUAGUAGACUCGACUAUUGAGGAUAAGUCUACCGUGAUGGUACCAGGUGGCCCUCAGAUAUAAAAGGAGCAGAGCCGUUCUCAGUGUUAUGAGCGACCUGUCUGGUUCUACGAUGACGCCUCUGUGAAAAGGGUCUGCUGAAAUGACGAUGACGAUGGUGUUCGUCCUGGGAAGGUUGACUGAGAUCCGUCUACCCAGGAGUACAAUGUUAGUGUCUUUCUUAUGUCACUCUCUCCACUCCCUAGUCAAGGGCCCUUCAUAAACAUACACACACAAACAUACACACACACCAAGAUA